AUGCUUGUCAGCUUUUGUUCCCCCUCCUGGUAUUGGGGAAAUUUACUCCAGAGUAAAGAUCUCCUGAGUGCGCCCCGACGCGGGGAAGCGGUCCCUAAUAAAUCAGGGUCACUCGCCAUAUUUCAUCUCUCGUCCUACUCCUUCGAUACUCACAGCUCAAGCUCCUCCUGGAACCUUCUAAAUCUCGGGGACGGUGAUACAACUAUACUUUUUAGCGACCCCACAGUUCAGGAAGUAAUAUGGCUGGACGAUGAACGCUUGUUAUACAUUAAUGGGACAAACUCCGAUAUCAAAGGAGGUUGUGAAUUGUGGAUCACUAAACAUUCAAAGCCAAGCGAAGGAUACAAGGCCGCCUCGCUUCCCGCAUCCGUGUCUAACCUAAAGGCCGUUUCUCCCUCUGAUAAAUCGGUAAAAUUUGUUGUAUCGGCAUUAGCCUACCCCAAUGGCACCAUAUAUAACCCGGAGUCCGCCCCUAAGAAAUUGGAUACCGGGUUGACUUACGAAACUCUGUUUGUUCGUCACUGGGAUGUUUAUGACAAGCCUGAGAAGUCGUCCUUGUUCUCUGGUGUCCUCUCGUUUGACGAUGACAAGUUCAAGCUUGAAAAGGAAAUCAAGAACUUGAUGGCCAACGCUGAUGGCACUAUUGAGGCGCCAAUUGCACCCUUUGGGGGUGCUGAUGAUUUUGACGUCUCCCCAGAUGGUCGAACCGUAGCCUUCGUUUCAAAGACCCCGUAUCUCAACCCAGCAAACUAUACCCAAGUUUUGGUAUAUAUUGUUCCUUUUGAUGGCUCCUCGAAGCCUAAGCCGAUCAAUAUCGAAGGCAAAGACACGGAUGGAAACCCUCUUCCUGAAGGUGCUGCAUCAUCCCCAAAGUUCUCACCAAAUGGCGGCGCAUUGGCAUAUCUCCAGAUGUAUAUUAACGGGUAUGAGAGUGACCAGAAUAAUCUCUUCAUCUAUAUGAUGGAUUCUUCGUCUAUCACUGCCCUCUGGAAGCCAUGGGAUUGCUCCCCCAGUGGGCUUCUCUGGUCAGGCGAUGCCAACACUAUAUACCUUACUGCCGAAUCAUAUGGGCGAGUCAGAAUUUUUGAAGCACGCAUUAACGAUGACACGCCAAAAGAGAUUACGGCUGAGGGAAACAUUGUGGCCUUGCAUCUUCUCCCCUCUGGCGACUUCCUGAUCUCUCGGAACUCACUUACCUCGUCUAUUGGCUAUUUUGUCUUCAAUCCCUCCUCAAAACGCUUCAAAACUCUACUUCUUCCCACCAAAGUAGACCCCCAGCUUGCCGACCUGUCUAAAAUCACCGUCGAAGACUUCUCCUUCGAUGGUGCAGAGACUAAGGUUCAUGGUUUUAUCGUGAAGCCUUCGAACUUUGACCCUUCAAAGAAAACUCGACUUGCUUUCCUCAUCCACGGCGGUCCUCAAGGGGCAUGGACAGAUUCUUGGAGCACCCGUUGGAAUCCCGCUUUAUUCGCCGAAGCUGAGUACAUCGUGGUCACAGUAAACCCAACUGGAAGCACGGGAUACGGACAAGCUUUCACAGAUGCUAUUCAGAACCAAUGGGGCGGACUUCCAUACAUAGAUCUCGUCAAAUCCAUGGAGUACCUGGAAAACGCAGAAGAAUACAAUUAUAUCGACUUUAACAGGGCAGUCGCACUGGGUGCAAGUUAUGGUGGCUACAUGAUCAACUAUAUCCAAGGGAUGCCACUGGGGAAGAAAUUCCAAGCCUUAGUCUCCCACGAUGGCUCAUUCGCACCCCAAAACAUCUACUCAACUGACGAGCUUUACUUUCCCCAGCGCGAGUUCAACGGCACCCUCUGGGAUGACCCUGAGAACUACUCAAAAUGGAGCCCAUCGUCCCACAUCAAAAACUGGGGAACUCCCCAAUUUGUGAUUCACAAUGCGCUUGACUUCCGUCUACCCAUCAGUGAAGGUCUAUCAGUAUUCCAUAUCUUACAAUCUCUAGGAAUUCCCAGCAAGUUCCUUACAUUCCCCGACGAGAACCACUGGGUUUUGAAGCCAGAGAACAGUUUGGUUUGGCACAGAGAGGUACUGGAGUGGAUCAACAGAUGGACAGAAACGAGGGCAAGCAGAGGGACCACUCAAACCGUCCUCAAGACUCGGGAAAAGCUUUGAAGCCAAAGAGAUACACCAUGUCUCAACGAAGUCUAUAGUACAAGUACACUACAAUCAAUUAAUCAAUUAUCCAAUCAA